UUUUUUUUGGCCAAUCCAGCUUGAGGAUUCAUUGAAACAUGUGAAGAUUCCUCUAAAAAUCUCAACGUUUAUCGUUUGAUUGUUUAUUGUUCAAAUUGAAGGAACUGGGAACCUAUUCAUGGCUUGUUUACACAUUUGGACUGGUCUGUCGUUUUUGUUUAUAGUCCAAUUCUAAUGACUGUUCAUGUUAAUGGUUGCAGUAGGGAAUCCACUCCUUGCAGUUUGAUACAGAAGCCCGAGAGCAUACGAACACCCAGUUCUUCUACGAAGGCGUCGAGUACCACCGAUUAUAGGAUACGACUGCAAAAUUCCUCUGCAACAGAUGUACCGACCACUCGGGAAGUUGACGAUUUCUUCAACUACGUCGAAGGAGAGCAGCAAAGAAAAUUCAUCGAGAAGUAUAACUUCGACCCGAACACAGGCAAACCACUUCCGGGACGUUACCAAUGGGAGAAAAUGGACGAUUAGACGACAUUCAUUCAAUAUAUUCAGGACCCAUUUACCUCAAUGUUCUCAGGUUAAGUUGUGCUUAUAAAUGGUAGAUAGUCAGAUCUUAGUUUAUGUGACCCUUUUACUUGUAAAGAAUUAGGGCUGUACUAAUGGUCUGUAACAUAACAAGAAGUUGAAUUACACAGCAAAUAGAACUAAAAGCCUUGUGUCUAAUAGAUUGGUGUAGCAUUUAGGCUGUUGGGUAAUUAAUUAGGUGAAUGUGUGGGGUACAGAAAUUUACUUAGAAUUUUCAUUUUCUUUCUUUAAUUUUCUUCCAUUUGUACUGUAUGUUCCUCCUUAUACUUGUACUGAUGAAAGUGGUAAAAAAAAAAAAAAAACCCUUUGAUGGAAUAAAAUUCAACCAUCACUUUUCCCCA